CGGUGGGGCCUCGCUGCCUCGCUGGGCAACUGCCAACUCUAGAAAAACAUCGCGCCUUCCUCGCGCAGGAGGGCACAGCUCGGCUAACACGGAAGUCGCCAACCUAGAUGCUCUUGCCUUCUCUCAAUUUUUUUUAUUUCUUUUUAUUCAAUUUACUCCGGAAUUCUUCGUGGCCUCGGAGUCUGCUUGCAUCCUGGGAUACCAGACAAGUUGGUACCUAUCUUGGAUUUAUGCUAGUACCUAGGUAUACAUCCCAGGCGACUUCUUUAUGCGGCUUCUCUCUCUCCCGCAUUCCUCGCAAGACAUCCAACUCCCAACUCCGCUUUCAUGUAUUCGACUGCCCACCACGAUAUUCAAGCUUAAUGCUAGUCGUUAUUAUACGAUGGGACAAUGUUCAUCAGCUUCUAGUCCCUCGUUCAUUUGACAACUUUCCGAACGGCAAGGUAAGGUAGCCAGCCACCGAUCGUUUCUUCCACCACUAAUCCCAAUUUGGACACGACAAAGGCGCUCUGGAGUCUCAACUUGCUUCCCCUUUGGCCUUACGAACACGCUCACGAAGCUUUUUCCCACCCAACUGACUACCUACCUAAAUGACCGACUUCCGGCCAUGGGGCUAAGAAAAGAAAUCAAGCUUGAGGCUUUUUGGCACCCUG